AUGUUUCAGUCAUCGAAACCCUACUCGGCGGUGACCGUGCAGAUUGAGGUUCUUACAAGCGAACAAUAUGAAGUAGAGGACUCUAGCGGUAUCGUCGAUCUGAUCGACGUCGUUCGCAUCCAAGCCAGCGGUCCGACAGAAGCCAGUCGGGCUUUGCGCAAGAAGCUAAAAUACGGCAAUCUUCACCGACAGCUCCGAUCCCUUACAAUCCUCGAUUUCCUAAUUCAGAAUGCAGGUGAUCGGUUCCUGCGCGAUUUUGCCGAUGAGCCGCUCUUGGAACGACUACGUAUCGCAGGAACAGACCCCAUCUCAGAUCCACUAGUCAAGCAAAAGUGCAAGGUCCUCUUUGGGCAAUGGGCUGCAACAUACAAGGAUACCCCAGGCAUGGCCAAGAUUACAGCACUAUACAAACAGCUUCCGAAGCGCAAGCAGCCUGCCACCCAGGCUAGGAGCAAGGUUCUACGUGAGGGCGCAAACACCAACGAGCCUCCGAUGGGACACACUGUCUCCAUUUCGGCCGGCAAUGGGCCCGCCAGGACCCUGAGCAGCCCAAAGCAGAAACCCAGCAAAUCCAAGAAGGACAAGACUAAGGAGAAGAAGAUGUCGAUCAGCAGCCGCAGCUUUAGUCUUGAACGGGAGCGCCCACAGAUUUUGGAGACACUCGCAUCCGCCUCCGUCGCCAGUACCAACCUGUUGAAUGCACUAAAACUUGUCAAUCGUGAGACAACUCGUAUUAGCGAGGAUGCAGAGUGCAUUAAUAGAUUUGAAAUGUGCAAGAAGCUUCGACACCAAAUCCUUCGCUACAUCCAGAAUAUUGAAAGCGAAGAGUUCCUUGGCGGACUGAUUCAUGCGAAUGAGGAGCUAGUCACAGCUCUAAUGGCAUUUGAGGUGUUGGAUAAAAGCUAUGAUUACGACAGUGACAGUGACGAUGACGUCCUGUCCGGCAACUGGCGUUCAAAGGCUGAGAUGGAGGAAGAAAUGAACCAGAACUUCAAUGGGCUGAGUGUCAAUCCUCCGAAGCCGGCACGACCAGCUCGACCCGUUAGCCUUUCCCUUGCCUCUUCAUCGCAGGGCACGCGACGAAUUUUGGACAGCGAAAGCGAAUCGGAAUCAGAAGAAGAUGAAGAUGAUGACGACCCAUUCGGAGACCGAAACGCUAUUAACACCCCCGGAGUUGAGAAGACCGGCUAUACCUGGAAAGAAGUUUAA